ACUCUUGUCUGUCUGUCAAGCGACGAUCAGCGAACCACGGGUGCUCGCCGGGCCGUUUAACCGUCAAAUACACUCAUCUGUAUAUACCAUGUCAUCUGAAGAGGAAUGGGUGCUGUACUACUGGGGAAUACUGCCAGGGCAAAAACCAUUUUGCGGCAGAGGGGAGUUUGUCAGGCUCAUCUUUGAGGAGGUCGGCGUCAAGUUCAGGGAGGUCGGGGACUAUGAGGUCAUCAAGAAGCUGUUUUUCACUGACAAGCAAGAAGGAUUCUACGCCUUUGCUCCGCCCAUGAUUCAAAAAGGAAAGUUCAGGUUGUCCCAGACGCCUGUCAUCUGUAGUUACCUGGGGAAGCAGUUCGGUCUGUUCCCGGAGUCAGAGGAGGACCAGUGGCUCGCCCAGCAGCUGAAUAUCACCAUCCACGACUUCAUAGGGGAGGGGCGACUGGCCUUCCACGGCCGGAACAAUGUUGAAUCUUACUACACACAGAAGGAGGAGACGCAGCCGUACAUAGACAGGUUCGUGGCGACCCGCCUGCCGCGGUGGCUGGCGCAUCUAGAGACGGCGCUGAAAGCCAACAAAGGCGGACAGGGGUUUGCGAUAGGUGACAAGCUAACAUACGUGGACCUGGGCCUGCUGCAUGUCCUGCGGGCUACCGAGGCGCAGUUUCCCGAGGCCUGGGCGUCCAACGACUCCAUCCCCCUCCUCAAGGCCUUCAAGGACCGCCUGUCCGCCCGCCCCAACCUGGCGGCAUACUUCAAGUCCGACAGUUUCGCGUCUUUGUCUGCUUCAGAGGUCAACUUUCAGCAAAAGGACGCGACAGCUGAUAACACCAUCUCCUACAAGAACCACACCGUCCAUGAUGUCGGCUCCCCGGAGAAAGCUGGGCCACAAAAGCUCCCUGCCGAACACCCAGGUGUGGCAAAAAGCGAGGAUUCUCAUCGUUUGGAUGACGGACUGACUAACUACACUGAAGACCAUCCCUUGGAGAUUUCACCAAACCAUGAAUCAUCUGGUACUGAACGAUCGGAUUCACACGCCGCCGGGAAGAAAAGGAUCAAAAGGAGAGCAAGGAAUAAUAAAAGAAAUAAGCCAGGAAAAGGAGGGAAUAAAGGAAAUAAGCCAGGAAAAGGAGGGAAUAAAAAAGACAGGCCAGGAAAAGGAGGAGGGAAUAAAAGGAAUAAGCCAGGAAAAGGAGGGAACAAAGAAGGAAAGCCAGGAAAAGGAGGGGAUAAAAGAGAAAAGCCAGGAAAAGGAGGGAAUAAAGAAGGAAAGCCAGGAAAAGGAGGAAGAAAGGGAGGAAAAGGUGGCGAAGAGGAACCGGAAGGUGAAGAGCCACCAAAGAAGCCGAAGAAGAAGAAUCGCCAGCUGAGGCAGAGGAAGCCAACUGAAGACUACAUUGGCGAGGAACCAUAUAUGGAAACUGAAGAAGAGGCCUUGCCAGAAGAAGAAUAUUUGGAAGAAGAAGAACAAAGUGUUGCAGAGGAGCUAGCUGAGCUGCAAGAACGACAAAUGGAGGAACAGGAAGAACAGGACCUGCUGCAAGAACAACUCGAUAACAAAGAGAUGGAGAUUGCGGACGAUUAUGAUAUGCUGCAAGAAGUAGCUGAUAAUCUGAGCGAGGCAGCUGAGAAUGUCGAAGAGUUGGAGUAUGGCACGCAGACAGGACUCGGGGCUCUGGAUAACCCUGAAGAAGAAGAAAGACCGGUCGAAGAGGAAGAAGGUUUUAUUGAAGAGGUCGCUGAAAAGCCAAGCAAGAGGCGAAAUAGGAACAAGGGUGGAGCCGAUACAGGAAAACGAAGAAAUAGGAAUAAAGGACCGGUCGAAGAGGAAGAAGGUUUUGUUGAAGAGGUCGCUGAAGAGCAAGGCAAGAGGCGAAAUAGGAACAAGGGUGGAGCCGAUACAGGGAAACGAAGAAAUAGGAAUAAAGGAAAAGCAGAUGAGGAGGAAACGGUCCAGAGGAAGAAGAAGAAGGAACGAAAAGCCAUGGAGACGCCCCAGGGCGAAGAGGAAGCUCCCGCGAAACCCCGAAGUGCCAGAAGAAGGGAGAGAAUGCGGGCCGGAGCCACACUACAAGGACUCCAGCCAACAGGAAUGGCUCAGGGAUGGGGAUUCGGUCGGGGGAAGGCUGGUCGCCAAGGCAGACGCCAGCAGAUGAGACCCACGGGCGCUUUCGGCAGACCACAGCCCCCGCAAUUCGGUGGAGGAAGAGGAAGAGGAGGCAGAAGGGGUCAGGCUGGACGUCAAGACAGGGGCCCCGGAGGAUUUACUGGCAGGCGUCAGCGCCAGAGGACACCGCGGGUGAGGGAACCGACGACUGGGGUGGCUGGACGCCGAGGCAGAGGCCCUGAGUUUGGCGGCAGACGCCAGCGCACCAGGCCCGAGGGCACCUUCGGCAGACGUCCGCGCACAAGGCCUCAGGGCACUUUCGGCAGACGCCAAGGCACCUUCGGCAGACGCCAGGGCACUUUCGGCAGACGCCAGGGCACAAGGCCCGAGGGCACUUUCGGCAGACCCCAGCGCACGAGGCCCGAGGGCACCUUCGGCAGACGCCCGCGCACAAGGCCCCAGGGCACUUUCGGCAGACGCCAGGGCACUUUCGGCAGACGCCAGGGCACAAGGCCCGAGGGCACUUUCGGCAGACGUCCGCGCACAAGGCCCCAGGGUUACUACGGCAGACGCCAGCCCCGGCCUGCUUGGGGCUGAAGGUGUUAAAAAGGAGAUGGCAGACUACAGAACCACCCGCUAACACAAAAGUUACACAACAGAACAUUUAUCGUAUUUUACAAUACAUUUGAGCACUCUGUCAGACACAUACGAUAUAGGCCAUAUAUAAAGCAUUAGAAACUUUUUUUCUAAAACAAUGAGGAAUCGUUGAACAUUUGGUAAGAAACUUUUUUAAAGUUUCUUCACGAUCAUUUAUAUCAUUACACCUGCACAUUUUAUUGAAACUAAAAUAGAUACGUUCGGUGAUUCAAUAAGCUAAACCGGAACGACUGAGAAUACUUGAAUCUUCACACUAAAGUCACAUAUGAGAAAUGUGUCAAACAUACUAGUGACGUAUCGAGAAUCUGUUUAUCUCAGUCUUGACGUGACUACUUUGACAUCAUUGGACACUACGUUACAAACCAAUAAAUCUACUGUCUGCCAUUUA